UGGAGAGAGAGAGAGUCAUAAAUGCAGUAAUUACAGUUCAGAAAUGAUCUUUGUACUCUGCUUUUACACACCAUUGUUCCUCUGACGGACCAGGAAACGUCUUCUGAGCUCAGACUCUCACCUGGAUUUACUUCUUUUGGAUUUACCUUACCUGCUUUCUCUCUGAGGGAUGGAUCUGUUCCUGGAUUCUGGCUGACAAAAAUCUUUCUCCAAGUGUGAAUCAGUUUAAAUCCAGCACCAUGUCUGUGGUGGCUCUGUUCAGGGGGAAGUGGGGACACAAGUCCCAGGAAGCCUCAGACAAGCGUCAGGUGGUGGGGACGGUGCAGUCCAGCCAUGAGGAUGACGACGAUGAGGAUGAAGCCACCACGGGUUUCCAGAGAGAACCCAUCCGCAGGAACUCCAGAUUUUACCGAUCCAUGAGGAAAAAGAGGAUAUCUUCAUCAGAUCAGUCUGAGAGUUCUCCGGUUGCUAGUCUGGAUCGGAGUCCAUUAUCCGCCAAAGCCGGACUCUCUUCCCUGAACUCUCUGAAUACCCAGAAGUCUCCUCUGCUGCCAGGAUCCAGACGCCAUCCGCCCUCUCCACAACUCCAUUAUUCCAGAGUAGUGUUGCCAGGCGACGGUGAGGCCAGGCGAGUGAGGAGCAACAGGAAUGCAAUGGACAUAGGAAAAGGAGGAGGAGGAGGAGUGGGAGGAAGGUCGAGAGUAGAUGCACCAGCUUCGCUCAGCAGUCAGCGCAGAGAUUUUCCUGCUGAAAUGAUCUCCUACCGCACUCACGGCAUCCACUGCAGUGACGUCCAGCAGCUCUGCGAGCAGAUGGCUUCAACCGGCACAGUGCACGAGAUCAGAGCGAGAUCCAUGGACUCAGCAGAACCCGGUUCUGAUGGAACUGACAGCCUCAGGUUGCAGAGGAAAGAAGAAAGCUCUCCAGUAAACCACAGCUUAAAAAUCAUCCAGAAUGUCGGUUUCUUGUACCAGGAGUACCGGGACACUUCAGAGCAGCAGCAGAUCGAGCGGCGGCGGCAGCAGGAGAACCACUGUAAACCAGUAACUGUGGGGGCUUCAGGAGGUGCACCAUCUCCACUGGUGAUGCAGCUGCAGCUGAGGAACAACACCCAACAGCUGACUUUGUGGCAGAACCUGCAAGCAGUACAGAACAGUGGACUUCUGAACCAGUUAUCUCAAGAUGAAAUCAUAAUGCAGGAGGUUAUGUUUGAGCUUGUUACCUCAGAAGCAUCCUACUACAAGAGUUUGGAGAUUUUAGAGACUCACUUCCUACGUAACCCUAUUUUAAUCAACACCCUCAUCCAGUCUGAUCUGCAUUUCCUUUUCUCCAACAUUGAGGAAGUCAUGGCAGCCAGUGAAAGGUUUCUGAUGGAUCUUGAACACCGUAUGGAGGAGUCUGUUCUGAUUUCUGAUGUGUGCGACAUUGUCUAUGAGCAUGCGGUAAAACAUUUCAGUGUCUUCAUCAAGUACGUCAUCAACCAGGCAUACCAAGAGAAAAACUACAGGCGCAUUCUAGAGGAAAAUAUUGCAUUUCGAGACAAACUGACUUCCCUGGAAAACCACCCACGAGUCCGAGGCCUGUCCUUUACCUCCUUUCUUAUCCUGCCUUUCCAGAGGAUCACCAGGCUGAAGCUGCUCGUCCAGAACAUCUUGAAAAAAGCUGAAGAAAACUCAGAGAUGGAGGCAAAUGCCAUAAAAGCUCAUCAGGAACUGGAGAAGAUUGUAAAGGAGUGCAACGAAGGGGUGCGAAAGAUGAGUCGCACGGAGGAGUUGAUCAGCAUCGAGAAGACUCUAGAGUUUAAAUCCAAGUCAGUGCCCAUCAUUUCACACUCACGCUGGCUGCUAAAAAAGGGUGAAGUGCAGCUCAUGGCUGGACCAAAGAGUACCAGGACCAUGAGGAGUCGUAAGCUCCACCAACCGGUCUACCUGUUCCUCUUUAACAAUCUGCUGCUGGUAACCAAGCGCAGUGGGGAAAAGUUCCAGGUUCUGGACUCAUGCUCACGGGCCAUGCUAAGGACUGAGGACCUGGAGGACCAGGGUCAGCAACUGGCUGGUGUCUUCAGUUUGAAGAUGCUGGAGAACCAGGACGAUCGUGAAGUCAUUUACAUGAUCAAGACCACCAGCAUGAGUGAGAAGCUUCGAUGGAUCUUUGCACUCACUCCAAACAGGCGUACACGCUUCCUGUCCACCAGCUCCCACCAGCCAGACUCUCCACAGGUCCAGUGCAUCCAGUCAUACUCAGCACAAGAACCUGAUGAACUCUCCAUUGAGAUGGCCGAUGUUCUAAACCUCCUAGACCAAACAAAUGAUGGUUGGAUGAUGGGUGAACGACUCCAUGAUGGUGAAAGGGGCUGGUUCCCCAGUCGAGUAGCAGAAGAGAUCCAGAGCAAAGAGCUUCGAGCUCAGAACCUGAAAGAGGCCUUCAGGAUCCAACUGGCCUAUGAUGUAGGAGCAGGCUCACAUUCAGGAGCCAAGAUGGGUUUACGGGGAGGAAGACGCACUGCAAAGGGUUUGAAUGUCUCUGGUUCUUGCAAAGAACAGAUGGGUGACCACAAUUAAGAGAAGCAGUGAAUUGAAUGUCUCCAAGAAGAAGCAGAUGCACUAAGACAAAAAUGAUCAAUGUAAUUUAAUUCCUCUUCAAUUCCAUCUUAACCCUUUUAUCUUUUCCACAGUGAAUGAUUUGGUGGAGUCCAUGCCCCCUUGUCAGUUUGUACAUGUUUUAUAAAUGUGUUUAUUGAAAAUGAUUGCUAAGUGUGUAAUUCUUGGAUUGUUUGGGCUGAAAACCUGUUUUCAUUGAACUGUAAAUUAUCUAUCAGCCUUGAAUCUUUCAACCACAGUUAAAACACAACCACGUCUGUCUUUAUUACAGCUACAUAAAACACUCAGGUUCAGCAAAACAGCUACCAUCAAACAAAACACAAACAAACAAAAAGGGGAUCCUUAGAAACACAUGCAACAAACCAACAAAUCACAAACAAAUACAAUAAGAUUGGGAAAAGUUAAGAAGUUGGCUAGUCCAGUAAAUGUUUCCACCAGAACACUUGUGAUGUUUGUAGGUGUUUGUUGGUCAUUUGUUGUGUGUGUGUUCUGUUUGUGAAACACUUUUAGCCAAUCACAGUGUUGGUCAGUAUAUAACUUUCCUAUGGUUAGAAUGUAAAGUACAACAUUUUCUUGUUGAAUGCGAUGUCAACCUCACAUCAAGGAUAGGAUCAGCUUAUCCACAGUUUAACAGUCUGUAAACAGGAUGUAUGCUUGAGUGUCAAUGUUUACCCACAGAGUUUGUACAGCUCCAUGAAUUUAACAUUUUUAAUGAAAAUAAGAUUUAUUCACUGUAAUAAAUAAGGUUAAAUCUA